AUGUCGUCGUCGCACGGUGGUCGCUGGUUCGUCGCAGAGGGAGAAGGACGGAACGUGUAUCGUAACAGAGAAACUAAUAAAGGGUACGUCGUGGACUAUUCGGUAAACGAAGCAGUCGCCUCAACUGACGCCCUCGUCCCUUCGUCGCACACUUUCGCAGCAUCGUCGCGAUCCGACGUGGCGUCGCCUCGAAUCGUCGCACAGGGAGCGGAAUGGGCGGACGACUUCCCGCUCUCGUUCAACAGCUUCCCCGCCCCGCCCAACCCUCGUCGCACAGGGAGCGGAAUUGCCGCUAGCUUCACCCCCGCGUGGCCCAACGCGCGCCUGGAAGGGCCGGGGGGAGCGUGGGCGGUGCCCGUGUGGGUGGAAAUAGCGGCGACGGCGGAGAGGGGAGCGGGCGGGGAUGGGGGGGAGGGCGGGGGUGGUGUGGGGGGAGGCGGAAGCGACGGUGUGGUUGCCGGGGGUGGCGGAGCGGCGGGAGCGGGUGACGGAGGCGGAGGGGGUAGCGGGCGCGGGGACGAGGAGCUGCUGUGCCCCGACUGCCGCGCGCCGCUCUCGCUCCUCUCUUUCCCCGCGCUUGCCUUCCCCCAUUCCCCCUCCUCCCCGUCCGCGUCCGCGCUAUCUCCGCCCAUGUCCGCGGCGGAGGCGCGCGCGAGCGGGCGCGCGGUGCUGUUCUGCCGCCAAUGCCAGCGAUUCACCGACAGGCCGGUGGCGGGAGGGACAGGGGAGGCGGAGAAUGGGCGGAAGGGGAAAGACGAGGGGCAGCCGCAGGUGACGGCGGAAGGGCAGUGCGCAAGCGGGGGGAAGGGGGAAGGAUUGGGGAAGGGCAAGGGCGGGGGGGGCGCGAGAGUGGGGGAGUUUGUGGAGGCGGACUGGUAUGAGGCGGACUGGAAACACGUGUUCCCCCUCUCCGCCGUCACUCCCCCCGAACCGCCCGCCUCUGACGCCUGGCAGUGGUCCCGCUUUGGGCGGCAGCUCAGCCGCCCGGACGGCCGCCCGGGCGGCAGGUCGGCGCGCAGCGAGCUGGACGGGAUGAUGGGCGGGGCGACCGGAGGGGAAGGGGGAAGCGCGCGGAGAGAUGCGCGGGAGGAGUACUUGAAUCGGUUCCAGGCGAGUUUGCAGGGGUGGGGGGGGCACCCGUGGGCGCAGGGACAGGGGCAGCAGGGGCAGGGACAGGCAGGUGCGGGGGGAGAAAAGAAAGCGCAGAGGCAGGGGCAGGGGCGGAGUGAGGGGCAGCAGGUGGGCAGCAGCGGAAGGAAUAGAAGCCCUGGCGGUGGCGGAAGCAGCACCAGCGCCUAUCCCCCUAGCUUCUCCUCCCCCCUCCUGCACGCCCCCAGAGGCCCCCCCGCCCCGCCCCCUCCCCCGUCCCCCCUGGCCGCGCCCACGCAGAUCCCCCCCGCCCCUGGCGCGGGCGCGGGGGAGAAGCGGGGGAGAGGGCAGCAGAGCGGGGGAGGGGAGGGGAGGGAGGGGCGGGAAGGGCGGGAAGGGCGAGAGGGGAGGGAGGGGCAUGUGCCGUGUUUUGGGGCGGCAGGGGGAGGGGGGGACGGCACAGAGCAUAACUGGGGAGGGGCGAAUCUGGGGGAGAAUCUGCCCACGCCCAAGCAGAUCCGGGCAGCGUUGGAUGAAUUUGUGAUCGGGCAGGAUAACUCGAAAAAGGUGCUGGCAGUGGCGGUGUACAACCACUACAAACGCAUCUUCCUUGAAAACCAGAAGCGGGAAAGACUCGCCAACCUGCCCGAGGGGGCAUGCGAGAACCUGGUGGGGGGCGGUGAGGAGGACGAGGUGGAGGUGGAAAAGAGCAACGUGCUGCUCAUGGGACCGACAGGGUCAGGCAAGACCCUCCUGGCCAAGACUCUGGCCCGGUUUGUCAACGUGCCGUUUGCCAUCGCUGAUGCCACCACUCUCACCCAGGCGGGGUAUGUGGGAGAGGACGUGGAGAUGAUUCUCUAUAAGCUGCUGCAGAGCGCCAAUUUCAGUGUGUCAGCAGCGCAGCAGGGCAUUGUGUAUAUCGACGAGAUUGACAAGCUCACCAAGAAGGCGGAGGGCAUCACGAGCACCAGGGACGUGUCAGGAGAGGGCGUGCAGCAGGCGUUGUUGAGAAUGCUCGAGGGUGCUGUGAUUAAUGUGCCGGAGAAAACAGGGAGGAAGAAUCCAAGAGGCGAGUUCAUACAGCUGGACACACAGAACAUUCUCUUCAUCUGUGGAGGGGCGUUCGUGGAUCUCGAGAAGAUGAUUGCAGAGAGGAAGCGCAAGUCAUCCAUCGGCUUCGGGGCCCCCGUGCGCGCAUCGCUGCGCAACCGAUCGGUGCUUGACGCCCGCACUGCCGGCUCGCUGCUGCAGUCGGCAGAGAGCACGGACCUGAUAGCCUAUGGGCUCAUUCCUGAGUUUGUGGGGCGAUUCCCGGUGCUCGUGGGGCUGCAUGCUCUCACAGAGGAGCAACUCGUGCAGGUUCUGUUAAAGCCCAAGAACGCCCUCAGCAAGCAAUUUGCAAAGCUGCUGGCUAUGAACAACGCCCGUCUGCACAUGACAGAGGGAGCAGUGAGGGCCAUAGCGCGCAGGGCAGCAGCGCGCAACACGGGGGCCAGGGGGCUGCGAUCGCUGCUGGAGGGGCUGCUCACCGAGGCUAUGUACGAGGUCCCCAGCAGUCUAGUGGAAGCAGUGGUGCUGGACGAGGCAUCGGUGGGGCACGAGGGGGAGGAGGGGGAGGACGGUGUGCCGGGGUGUGGAGCCCACAUACUGCAAGGGGAGGGCGCGUGGGAGCGGUGGUUGCAGGAGAACGAGGGAGGUGGAGAGAAGGCAGGAGGGAAGGGAGAGGAGGGCCAGGGGGGAGGAAGCAAGGGAGGUGGAAGUGAUGAGGAAUCGGACUCUGCUCCUGCUCUUGCCACAGCCACGGCAGCUUGA